AUGGAACAGCAAGCUAUCAGGCCGAGGACCCACAGCGACUACACUGUGGGUUGGGUCUGCGCGCUGCCAAAAGAGCAGACUGCGGCAAUUGCCAUGCUCGAUCAGCGACAUCCAGAACUUCCAAGGCCACCAAAUGACCAGAACGCGUACACACUCGGCUCUAUCGGUGGACAUCACAUCGUCAUCGCCUGCCUUCCGAAAGGCAAAAUCGGCAACAAUUCAGCAGCUACCGUGGCCACUCGGAUAACGCAGACUUUCCCUUCCAUCAAGGUUGGCCUCAUGGUCGGCAUCGGCGGUGGAAUUCCGCCCGAGGUCAGGCUUGGUGAUGUUGUCAUUGGUACACCCACUGCCGAAUACCCUGGUGUAGUUCAGUGGGAUCUGGGCAAGGCGGAGGACGGUGGCAAUUUCGUACGAACCGGCUCACUGAACAACCCACCUAGCUUUUUGUUGACAGCGUUGACGAAAAUGGAAAGCGAAGUCAGCAUGUGCGGAUCAAAGAUACAGCAGUAUCUCGAUGAAGCUCUUGAGAAGUUCCCAAGACUAGCGCCAAAGUCCAGGAGGCCUACCUCUCCCGAGAAUGCCGGCACCAAAGGCAAUGACUCCCAGAAACCUCCUAGAGAAUGCGAAGUUCACUACGGGCUUAUUGCAUCUGGGAACAAGGUGAUCAAGGACGCCACUGUUCGAGAUAAAAUCAACUCCGACCUUGGCGGAAAUGUCCUUUGUGUCGAAAUGGAAGCAGCAGGACUAGUGGACUAUCCGAGCAUUGUUAUUCGUGGCAUCUGUGAUUAUGCUGAUUCGGGGAAGAACAAAGAUUGGCAAGAGCAUGCCUCAGCUGUUGCUGCAGCAUGCGCAAAGGAAUUUCUAGGAUACCUGCAGCCAAGUGAUGUUGGCAAUCAGCGCCCAAUCAGCGAGGCAUUAGGACAGCUUCUUGAAAAUGUUGAUUCGUUGAGCGUGAAGGCGAGAACGGACGAGGAAGAGAAGAUUCUUACCUGGAUAACACCCUUCAACUAUGGGGAGCAACACACAGACAUCCUGAAGAGGCAACAACCUGGUACUUGUCAGUGGGUUCUAGACUCUGAUGAGUACCACGACUGGGUGGAUACGCCAAAGGGUGUUCUACUAUGCCCGGGAAUCCCUGGAGCGGGAAAGACGAUAGUCACAUCAGUUGUGGUUAACGAUCUGACCAAGAACCUUGGUCAGCAACGUGACACUGGAAUCGCCUACAUAUACUGCAGUCACCAGCAAAAGAACCAGCAAACGAUCGACGACUUAGUCGCAAGCCUACUGAAACAGCUUGCCACGCGACAGGCUGCACUGCCGAGCGCCGUCACGGAGCUGUACCAACGACACAAGUAUAAAGGCACGAGACCUUUGCUCGAGGAAUACCUAAGUGCACUCCAUUCCGUUUCCGCUUUGUACUCGAAGAUCUUCAUCAUCGUCGAUGCACUCGAUGAGUUUCAAGAGGAUAAUGGUCGUCGAAGGGAGUUCCUAAGAGAACUUUUCAGCAUCCGUGACAAAUGCGGUGCUCACAUUUUUGCGACAUCGAGGUUCGUACCCGACAUUGUUGAUCAAUUCAGGGGUUCCUCAACUUUGGAGAUUCGUGCGAAUACAGAUGACGUCAAGAAAUAUCUCGAGGAAAACAUGACAGAUCUUUCCAUCUCUGUGCCUCAGGGUUGCCAGCUGUGGGACGAGAUAGUCAAUGAGAUCGCAGAUGCCGCCAGUGGAAUGUUUCUCUUGGCCAAGCUCUAUCUCGGGUCAGUAUCCGAAAAGGUCUCACCCAAUGAUGUCAGAGAGACAUUAAAGGGAUUCAAGAGACAGGGCCGAGAAUCCACAGAUAAUAGUGCGGGCGAAAUACUCGACAGUGCGUAUGAACAAACCAUGAACAGAAUCGGCGCACAGAGUACAGAGUUCAAAAAGCUUGCAUUCAAUGUCCUGUCAUGGAUUACUUGCGCCAAGACGCGGCUGAAUACAUGGGAACUCCGUCACGCACUUGCAACAAGAUCUCGACAAUCCAGGCUCGAUCCAGGAGAUUUCAUACAGCUACAACUCAUCCUUCGAGUACGUGCUGGAUUGGUCAUUGUUGAUGAAGAGAGCGAUAUUGUUCGGUUGGCUCAUCACACUACGGAAGUAUACUUUGACCGUAGAAAAGACGAUUUGUUCCCCCAAUGCGAGGCCAAGAUCACAAAGGCCUGCAUCACCUACCUCUCAUUCAGCACUUUCGAAGAUGGGUAUUGUCAAACACCCACAGAACUGGAGAGGCGGUUAGAUUCAUUCAAGUUUUACGAAUAUGCGUCUCAUAACUGGGGUCACCAUGCUCGAGAGGCGAAACCGCACAGCACAGACAUCCGAGACUUUCUCAGUCACGAGAUGAAAGUGAAAGCAUCUAGCCAGGCAUUGAUGAUCAGCAAUAAGAGCCCCGGAUACCUUGGUCUUAGAUAUAUAAGAACCGGCAACAUGGUCCCCACUGGUUUCACGGCGCUGCAUCUAGCGGCAUACUUUGGGCUCGAAGAGCUAGUAAUAACUCUACUGGAAAAAUCCCCCCCAAACUCCCGCGACAUGUAUGGAAACACGCCAUUGAUGUAUGGGGCAGCUUACGGACGCACCGCAGUGGUCAAAUUGUUACUCAGCAUUGAUCAAGUUCAACCAGACGCCGAAAAUAGGGAGCUCUCGAUAGCAGCACAGAAAAGGCAUGGAGGUGUCGUCGACCUGCUACUUGGGCAUCCCAGCGUUGACCCUAACUUGGAAUUCGGAUACGAUAAUCCUACACCACUGUCAUUUGCGGCAGAGAAUGGCCAUGCUGAAAUAGUUGAGCGGCUACUUGGGCAUCCUAAGAUCGACCCUAACCUCUUCGACAAGAACCAUAGUACACCACUCUUUGAUUCAGCAAAGAACGGCCACACUGAAGUGGUGAAGCUGCUACUUGAGCAUCCUGACAUUAACCCUAACCUCUCCGACGAGAAUAAAAGUACACCACUGUCUGUUGCAGCACAAAUUGGCCACGCUGAAGUGGUCAAGCUGCUACUUGGGCAUCCUGGCAUGGACCACAAAACUCCGCUCUGGUGGGCCACAGCCUCUCUGAAUCUAGACGUGGUAAAGUUACUUUUUCCGUCUGGCCACAUCGAGCGAAGUCUCAAGGGCGAGGAUGACUCUGACACGUGUGGAACACCAAAACGCGUCAGUUUACGUCGACACAUUCUACUUGACUUGCGGAAUGUUGAUCUGCAGUCUAAGAAUCUGCGUGGCCAGACACCGCUCCAUUGGGCAAUAGAAUUUGGAGAAGAGGACGUCGUCAAGUCAAUCCUCAGAACUGAUGUUGACAUGAAUCGGAAGGAUUUCGACGGCCGAACUCCCCUCAUGACAGCGGCGAUAUGUGGGAACAGCGCCAUUAUGGAAUGUUUGCUAGCCCAAGACAGCAUUAAUCCCAACGCUCGAGACAACACCGGUAUGAACCCACUUCUACUAGGUGCCCUUCAUGGACACGAGUCUAUUGUGAGGCCACUACUAGCGAAGGACAGCGUUGAUGUAAACGCUGCAUACGUCCAGGGCGAGACACCACUGGUAGUAGCUGCUUUGAAUGGACACGAGUCUAUCGUGAGACUGUUACUUGCUAAAGAUGGUGUUGAUCUAAACACUAGACUUGCCACAUAUCUAACGCCGCUUGUAGCAGCUGCCAGUGGUGGACACGAGUCUAUUGUGAGACUACUACUGGCUAAAGACGGUGUUGACGUGAACGCUACCGGCAUGGUGGGCCGGACGCCACUGACGGUAGCUGCUAUUGAUGGGCACGAGCCUAUUGUACAACUGCUACUAGCUCGAGAAGGUGCUGUAAACGCUACACACACCAUGAGUCAGGCGAGAUCCUAUAUAUCGGACGAACGUGAACCCCUGAGUAUGAGGACGUUGCUUGACAUCAACGGUGGGGUUGAUUUGAGAUCCCAGAGUGUGAACGUCUUUGCGCCGCUUGAUCGGAUAUUAGCAAACCAUCUAGGGAUAAGUCAGGAUCCGAUGCAAGAAGAUUGA